CGUGUGUCUUCGCGGAUGUUGCGUGUCAGCUCCACCACCAGAGUUUGUGUGUUGUUUUAGAAAAAAAUAUAUCGCCUUUCUUGACUCGUCUUCAACCGUGUUCAUCAUGACUUGUGGUUCCUGCUGCUCCACCACGUCAUCGUUCCACCUUUAAACACGAAAACAAAAAUGCAGGGAAAGUGACCGCAUUGAAGGUGAAAGAAAAAGGCUAAAAGAGAAAAGAAGAAAGAGAAAACAAUUGUCGUUUGAAGGGAAGGAUAACAACGGAAAAGAAGAAGAAGAAGGAAGUCCCACCAAAAAAAAUCUCUCUUGGUUAGUAGUUAUUUACAAACCGGUUUGGGUAAUCAUCAAUGAAGCGAAGCCUAGGCCUAGGUAAUUGGCCCACUACUUAAACAUUUUGCGGUAGCGGUGUGCAACAGUCACAAUUUUUGCAAUAGCUGAUUCACUCAGUUUGUGCCAAGGUCCCUUGCAUCCAACAACAACCGCCUGGCUCGUUCUGGUAAUUGACCGACAAAAGUUCAUCAGCACACACAGGCGUGUUUUCUGUGCUGACGGCCACACGCUUUCACUGUUCACACAUCAAGAAAUCGCCCCGUUUCAGGAGCCAAAAAAGCCAACGGAAGGCGCCCUAAGGAAACGGUUCCGCCCUUUGAAAACUCGAAACGGAUCCCCUUCACAAAAUUUCGCAUUUGAGAAAAUAGUUUUGUUUUUUCGGUCAGCAGGGUUACUGUGUUUUGAACCAUAAUUUCUGGUUGGACGUCUCUAUAGUUCGUUGCAUUUGUUUUGCCCUCUUCCCAGACCAUCACCAAACCAAAACAAAAACUACGGGAAUGAUCGAAACACAUCAAAAAUGCUGUUGGCCGCUCCGUUUAAUCGAACACUCUUCAGUUUAUCGCCCAGCAUCUUAUGUGUUUGCCGGCAACAACCUCUUCCCCGCUCGUUCACGGUGACUGUAUCGUUACGAUCAUCGUUGGGAGCAAACGACGAAGGCAAUAACGAAGAGGAAGUUACAGAAGAAGAGUCACGGUGCUAUUGACCAAUUCGACAAGAAAAAAGAAAUCCAGUUUUCUUUUGUUGAAUUCUUUAAAACACUAAAGUGCUUGUGUAAACAACGGGACUAAAACAAGACCCUACAGACACAAAAGAGUCCGUUUUUUUAUUUUUUAAAGAACAGAAUCAGAAUCUCGGAGAGGCUUCCAAUAAUACGUUUACAGACGACAACAAGAGCAGACGAAACAAUAGAUAUCAGAGCAGAGAGGGAGAGGGAGAGAAACCAGUUGAACGAGAGCGUUCAUUUCGAUUGUUUUUAUUGGGAUUUUUGCCGGGCAUUUUCUUCUUCCUCUCUCUCUCUCUGUGUGUGUUUGUGUGUUCCCUCUCCCCCCAUUCUACUACUUGCUCUCUAACCGUACAUAUUUUCUGGCUCUGACGUUUGGCCCUCGCGUAGGAUUGUGUUUGUGUGUGUGUAUCAGCUACGUCCCGAACGGAGGUCAUCAGAAAUUCUGUUCACGUCCAGUUUUUCUUUUACGGACGGUCGGGACUUUUGUAUAUCGACAACUGAGGCCGACUUAAAAUCAACAUACACGUUCAUCCAAACAAGGGCCGGCGUGAAUUGAUCGUCCAAAGACCAUCAGACAAAACAUGUCUGGCCGAAGAGAAGACUUCCCUGUUAUUGUUGCCGAUCAACCGCUGUACUCGGCGGUUACGUGUUCGCCACUCAAACCGACCAGUCAUCGACAACAGCGCAAGGUAAUGCCCGUGAAAACGGGGCUGAUGGCAACCCGCCGCCAAUGGCAACAGUGUUGGUGGUGGUUGGUUUUACUUUUCUUUGCGCUAUUGCUAAUCGGUCCGGCGGAACCGCAGACGAGCAAACCGAUGGUCAACCUCACCAUCGGCUAUUUGCCUACCAUUUUGGGCGAGCAUCGCGACAAGCAAGGCUUAUCAAUUUCGGGAGCCAUUACCUACGCUCUCAAGCGUAUUGAAGAACAAAAAAUCCUACCAGAGGGUGUCUCUUUGGUUCUUCAAUUCAAUGACACUCGAUCCGAUUUGCUGCUGACCACGAAAUCCCUCACCGAGAUGAUGUGCCGAGAUGUUGUAGCUGUUUUUGGACCUGAAAACACCUGCAAUGUCGAAGCUACCAUCGCUUCAGCCUGGAACAGGUUGAUGAUCUCUCAUAAAUGUGCCGACCACACCGUCUCGGACAAGAAGAAAUUUCCGACGUUCAUUCGGACCUAUCCAACGGAGACCCAGGUGACGAAAUCGAUCGUGGCCCUGCUAACGCACUACCGCUGGAACAAAUUCUCCAUUGUGGCCGAAAACUCGCCGCGAUGGCAGACGGUGGCCGAUUCGCUGGAGGCUCGGGUCACGGCCACCAGCAGCAUGAAACUCAAUCACCGACUCAAGUUCGAGGACAUGAACCGCUGCUGCGCUAAUCGCGAAUCCUGCUGUCACAAUUCGUGGACGUUUGACAUCCUCGAGAAGACGCGAUCGGACACUCGAAUUUACGUCUUCCUUGGCGAGCCGCACAACCUCUACGACUUCAUGACGACGAUGCAGAUGAUGAGACUCUUCACCAAAGGAGAGUACAUGGUCAUUUCCGUCGAUUGGGAGACCUACAGCUCGGAGCGAGCCAGAGAAUACCUAUGGAAACAGACGAUGGUGAGCGAAAUCCGCAACUGCAGCGAACUGGAAUCGCCCAGUCCGGAAGCGGCCAAAUCUCUUUUAAUGAUCGUGACUACGAAACCAGAUGAAGGUUUCACGCAAUUCUCCAAGAUGGUACGCAAACACAAUAAGGAGCCUCCGUUCUAUUUCUCCGAACCGGAAAUCUUCAAGACUUUUGUUCGGCACGUUCCCAUGUACGCUGCCCAUUUGUACGACGCCGUGCUCCUCUAUGCCAACGCGCUGGCCGCCGUGCUUAAAGAUAACAAUUUAACCGAACCAGCCAAAAUUGUGGAAGCGGCCAAGAAUGGAACACGUCUCUUUCAGCAUAUUCGCGGUCGCAAAUAUAACAGCGUGACUGGGGCGUCCAUCAGGAUCGACGACAACGGCGACUCGGAGGGCAACUACACGGUGCUGGCCGUCAAGUUCAGUAAUGUUUCCCGGGCUAUCGCCGUCUCCAAAAUGGUGCCCAGCACGUUUUACUGUCACUACGAAAUGGUGCCGGUCGGCCGAUUCGAUUACACCAAUUCAACCACGCCGAAAUUCACUCUAACCGACAAGAUUUCGUGGGUGGGUCAGCGCGCACCAAUGGACGAGCCUCCGUGUGGCUACGGUAAUGAAAAAUGUAGUGACGGCGACCGCCGCCUAAGAGAUUCACGAAUUGCUGCUGGAGUGCUAGGUUGUAUUUUCAUUGUGGCCGUCAUCGCGACCCUCUUCGUCUAUCGCAAAUGGAAGGUCGAACAAGAGAUUGCUGGCCUCGUUUGGAAGAUCGAUCCCAAAGACAUCAUACCAAUUUCGUGCCAGACUGCCGACGGGUUCAUGGACAAAUCCACUAGCAAAUUGAGUUUGGCGAGCGUGGCCGUGGAUCAAGUUUUCACCAAAGUGGCCACCUACCGCGGAACAAUCGUGCGCACCAAGGAUCUAGUCUUCUCCAAGCGGCACGAAAUCGGUCGCAAGACGAUGAAGGAGAUGCGCUUGAUGCGCGAAAUCCGGCACGACAACAUCAACCCGUUCAUCGGCGCUGCUGUCGAACCCAACCGUAUCCAGAUCGUCUCCGAAUACUGUCACAAGGGAUCCCUACCGGACAUUUUGGAGAACGACGACAUCAAGUUGGAGGCAAUCUUCAUAGCGUCAAUGGUCAACGACCUGGUCAAGGGUAUGAUGCAUCUUCACAAAACAGAUCUACACUUCCACGGCAACCUCAAGUCGUCCAACUGCGUCGUCACUUCGCGCUGGGUUCUCCAAAUCACCGACUACGGCCUACACGAGUUGCGCGCCGCAGCCGAAAAGGAUGCCAUGGGAGAUCACGAACUCUAUCGCAAUUUGUUAUGGAAGGCGCCGGAAUUGCUGAACGACCAGUCUGGUUCAGUUCGAGGCUCACAGAAGGCUGACGUCUACGCCUUCGGCAUGAUCCUCUUUGAGAUUCUGACUCGACAAGACGCUUUCAGUGGCUACAAUUUCGAGCCAAAAGAUAUCGUCGACAAGAUUGGAGCUGGACCGGCUCCAGGAGAGAAACCUUUCCGUCCCGAUCUCCAGAUGCUGCAAGAGUAUUGCAUCUUCGUGCAACCAGAUAUCGAAAUGGGCUGCCCGGAAUACAUUCGCUCGUGCAUGGAAGAUUGCUGGGCCGAGUUGCCAGACCAGCGCCCGGAUUUCCCCACUAUUCGCGACCGACUUCGUAAAAUGAGAGAAGGAAUGAAGCCGUUUAUUAUGGACCAGCUGAUGGAAAUGAUGGUGAUCUAUGCCAACAAUCUCGAAGUUUUGGUGAACGAGCGCACUCAACUACUCUACGAAGAGAAACAAAAGACCGAGGAUCUCCUUCAUCGCAUGUUACCCAAACCCGUGGCCCAACGAUUAACGAGAGGCUAUGGUAUCGAACCAGAAUCCUACGAGGCUGUCACAAUUUAUUUUAGUGACAUUGUCGGUUUUACGAAAAUGUCGGCUGAGAGUACGCCGUUUCAGGUGGUUAACUUCCUGAACGACCUGUACACCUUGUUUGAUUCCAUCAUUCAAGGUUACGAUGUGUACAAAGUGGAAACUAUCGGAGACGCCUACAUGGUGGUUUCUGGUUUGCCUUUACCAAACGGCGACGCUCACGCUGGGAUGAUUGCAUCAAUGGCACUUGAUUUGCUAUCAGCCGUCAAGAAUCACAGGGUGUCCCAUCGACCUAAAGAUCCAGUUUUACUCAGAAUUGGCAUCCACACGGGACCCGUGGUUGCCGGUGUGGUGGGCUUAACAAUGCCUAGAUAUUGCUUGUUCGGUGAUACAGUGAACACAGCUUCUCGGAUGGAAUCGAAUGGUGAACCAUUACGGAUUCAUAUCAGUUGCGAGUGUCGGAAAGCCCUAGAAAAAAUUGGUGGUUACGUAACUGAAGAAAGAGGUCUCGUUGCCAUGAAGGGCAAGGGCGAAGUGUUAACACAUUGGUUAAUUGGCGUUACCAGCGGUGCUGUCAAAGCACGAACGGACAUUGGAACUAACCAAGCCCCACUCUUUUGUCGACCCUCUGGUGCGAUUGGAGCCAAUAACGCCAACGGCAGUGCCGGCAACAUGUCAGAUCUUCGAAGAAGAAGUCCACGGAUGCUCCACAGGGCUGAAUCCAUGCUGACACGAAGAGUGUCAACUGAUUCGAGGCCAGUUGGUAGUGGAAGCGUUCGGAUGAGCUCGUCACUGGCUGGGCAACAAGGACGAAUUCAAGGGCACCCGAACAGGCUGUAUCACCAUGACAACAAUUCGGCCGAAAUAUUGGAAGGCUCCAUUACCGAUUCCAUAUGUAGCAGUACCAAUAGCACCAGUCAAGCCCCAUCUCCAAUGUUUUACAAUAGGAAAACGAGCCAAUCAGCCAGGUCUCUGCGUUCCGUUCGCACAUCAAAGUCAAACGCGAGCCUUCGACGCAGUUGCUUAUUAACACGUAGCGCCCAUGCUAGCCAAGUUCAGAUAGUUGCUGAAGCGGCCAGUGAGAGUGGGGAUGCGGACUACCGAAGUGGAACGACUGCCAGUCCGCUUUUACCUCAACGUCGAUGCCAGUCACUUGGUCGUUUUCCCGGUGACGAAAACCAACACCACCAUCAGCAAAAUCAGCAAAGAGGCAUAGCUUCAGAGAGCCAUGGACCUCGACAGUUUCUAUGCGUUCCUCAAGUCUUCCCUUCCCGUGGCAACAAAACGACCCAGCGUCGAAGGAAAGAAUCGAAAUCUUUGGAUCUUUUUCCGUCUGAAUUAAGGUCAACUCUGAACGAGCAGUCGCCUUUGCCUAGUUGCGCGUCUCAGGGCGACACCGAAGAUGAACACACUCGGCUUCUUGACGGAUCUGAUGAUCACAACGUUGUUUUGACGAUCCCUAACGGCGAUCAACCACAGCAAGCCGAGUUGUCUCGACCAAACGGACAUAUCAAGACUGCUGGCUAUCAGGCCGUGAAAUUAAUUCACAAUGAUGACGAAGGAAUCGACGUCAACUCCGAGUCGCUCAUCAGUCGUGAUCGUACUCGGCCCCGACCGAGCCUCACAGCUUGUGGACUAUUAGAGCCGGAAAAGAGGUGGCACUCGUGCGAACAACUGCAUCAUCCAACAUCCGGAGAGAAACGCGGUAAAGAGAACAAGGACACGGCCAUCGCCUCCACCGUCAACAAGAGCGUCAAGCAGUGGCUAGUCAGUCUGUUCGGCGUGGGUCACGGAGGAGACACUUUUGUCCGAAGUUCACAGACGGGAACGGAAGAAUUCUCCGACCUCCACCGUGAUGACAGAGAAAGUGUUGUGUGAAAUCGCCAUGCUACUUUAAUACUUCCCCAGACAAAAUCGCUUUACUCGUUUCGUAAUUCGCAUAUUCGCCAUUUUUUAAAUGCCAUACCCGAUCUUUGAUGUUCAUGUAUCUUAUUGAGUCGGAAUGUUUUCUUUGAUUGUUUGUAUCGGUAAUAUUGUCGCUGCUGAAAACAAUGUGAUAAAUCGGUUGUUGUUUUAUA